GUCAGACAGAAUAUUACAGCUUUACUGGUUCCACGCAGUAAAUUAGACGUAGGAGAGUUGAUAGGAAAAGGUAAUUUCGGAGCAGUAUAUAAAGCCCAGUAUCAAAGAUCACCAGAUGAAAAGCAAGUUCAAGUAGCAGUUAAAACUUUACAAUGUAAAGGAAAUGACAGCGAAACAAUCCAGACAUUUUUACAAGACACGGUGGUUUUAAAAGAUUUACAACAUCCAAAUAUUCUGCCGUUAGUUGGUGUCUGUGUCACCGUUAGCGACGACCCCUUAAUUAUCAUGCCCUUCAUGGCAACAGAAGAUCUCAAAAGUUACAUUAGAGAACCAUCAAAGAAUUUAACAGUAUUGGAAUUAUUAGAUUUCGCCAGUCAGAUAGUUAAAGGUAUGGUCUAUUUAGAGGAUGUUAAAGUCAUACACAGAAACUUAGCUGCUAGAAAUUGUAUUGUAAGUGAAGAUAAGAAGAUCCAGCUCACUGAUUGUGGUAUAACUAAAACAUUAUUUAAUAAAGACUAUUAUACAUCAACUGAUAGUGUCGGCAAAUCACUUAUGAAAUGGCUGGCACCAGAAACCAUUGAAAACUUCGUCUUCUCUCACAAAUCAGAUGUGUGGGCGUAUGGUGUUGUAUUAUGGGAAUUAUUGACAAGGGGAGUAACUCCCUAUCCUGAUGUAGACAGUAAUGAUUUAGUUCAGUAUUUAGAUGAUGGUAAAAGAAUGAAGAAACCUAAACAAUGUACACAACCUAUUUAUGAUAUAAUGUUAAAGUGCUGGAGUCAAGCUCCUAAUGAACGACCAACUUUC